AUGGUGCUGCUGAGUCCCUCAAUAUGCGGAAUUAGAAAGUUACUUGCAAUCUGUGAAGGAUAUGCUGAGCAACAUGGCCUAAAAUAUAAUCCUAAGAAAAGUGAGUUGUUAGUCUUUACAGGGAAAAAUAAAAGUCCAACAUGUGUCCCUCCUGUUCAACUUAGUGGUACACUUUUACAGAGAGUAACUGAAUUUAAAUAUCUGGGACACAUUGUUACUGAAAAUUUAAAAGACGACAAAGAUAUGGAAAGAGAACGUAGGGCGUUGGCUGUAAGGGCGGGCCAAUAUGCUGACUCGAAGGCUUACUGCCAAACAUUCUACACCAGCAGCCUUUGGGCUAGCUGUACCCGAAGAGCGGCACACGCCCUGCUAGUACAAUACAAUAAUGCCUUCAGGGCGCUGUUGAGGCUACCAUAUUACUGUAGUGCGUCAGGCAUGUUUGCAGAUGCUCACACUGACGAUUAUUUCGCGAUAAUGCGUAAGAAAGUGGCGUCAAUAAUACGAAGGGUGAGGGUAAGCACCAACAGCAUCCUGAAGUUAUUUGCAGAAAGACUAGAUGGGCCGACCAUGGGGAGGUUUAUCAAGUUACAUGUACAAAAUGUGACUGGAUCAAUCUCCCUGUGGUAA